AGCCCCGACUCCCCGGCUGAGGGUAUUCCGUCCUAGACAGUCUUUCCCGCCGCGGAGCUACCCCUAUCCGCAACCUGGGGACGCGCCACGUAGGGGUUCACCUCUCCUCCUAUUUGGACAGCAAAACAGGCCAUCUGGCGGUUGUUCUAUGAUUCAUGAAAGAGGUCUCUACACUGCUCUACACGUGUUCUGUAUACAAUUUCCCGCCAAAGGUAGAUACUGUUGCGGUAAUGGUUUUCGGUCAUUUGUACGGAUCUAUUUAUUAAUAUCUGCAAUGGAAGAUAAUAAGAAAACACACGGUUGGGACUAUGAAAAAAAUAAAUUACUAAUCAAAUUAGUAAAGCGUAAACCUGAGCUCUAUGACAUCAACAUUCCAGAAUAUGGGGACACCACUCUUAGAAACGACGGGUGGCAUGCUAUUGGCAUUGAAUUAAAUGAGAAUAGUGCAAACUGUAGUAAACGCUGGAGAAGCUUAAAGCAAAACUAUCGCAGAUAUGUCAACGGACAACAACCUGUAAGCACGAAAGGUGGAAGACGUAUCUGCGUUUAUGAAAAAUAUAUGUCUUUUAUGAAUAAAUUUAUUGUAAAUGGAAAAUAUGGAGCUGCAAAAAAGAAAAAAUCAAGAGGAAACAAAUCAAAAAGAAAUGAAAUCAUAAACACAGAUAUGGACAUUAAAUACUUUGAGGAUACCACUGGUAAUAAUAAUACGAAAGUAUUAAAAAAAAAAGAAAAUAUAAAGGUGGAUGAAAACAAAUGGUUUAAGGACUCAAGUGACAAUAACGAUUUAAGAGAAAGAAAAAAAAUAAAAGAAUUUAUGGAAGUGGAUGAAGAUGUAAAAUUUGUCAAGGAUAUCGGUAGUGAUCAUAAUAUAAUAGUACAAAAAAUACAAGAAAUAAUAGACACAGAUGGAGAUGUAAAAUCUGUUAAGGAUAUCCACAAUGAUAAUAGUGUAAGGGAAUCAAAAAGAGAAAAAAAUACAGAGGUAGUAGAAAAUGCUAAAUGUUUUAAGGAUAUUGGUAGUAAUAAUAGUACAAGAGUAUCAAAAAGAAACGAAAGUAUAAAUUUAAAUGAAAGUGCAUGGUUUCAGAUUUCCAAUUCUGAUAAUGAUUUAAGAGAAUCGAGAAGAAAAGAAAUUAUAAAAGUGGACGAAGAUGUAAAAUAUUUUAUAGAUAUUGGUAGUGGUCAUAAUAUAAUUGUACCAAAAAUAGAAAAAAUAGAGUCGGAUGAAGAUGUUAAACCUAGUAAGGAUAUCCACAAUGAUAAUAGUGUAAGAGAAUCGAAAAGAGAAAAAAGUACAGAGGUAGUUGGAAAUGCUGAAUGUUUUAAGAAUAUUGGUAGCAAUAAUAAUACGAGAAUGUCAACAAGAAAAGAAAGUAUAAACUCAAAUGAAAAUGCAUGGUUUCAGAUUUCCAAUUCUGAUAAUGAUUUAAGAGAAUCGAGAAGAAAAGAAAUUAUAAAAGUGGACGAAGAUGUAAAAUAUUUCAUAGAUAUUGGUAGUGGUCAUAAUAUAAUUGUACCGAAAAUAGAAAAAAUAGAGUUGGAUGAAGAUGUUAAACCUAGUAAGGAUAUCCACAAUGAUAAUAGUGUAAGAGAAUCGAAAAGAGAAAAAAGUACAGAGGUAGUUGGAAAUGCUGAAUAUUUUAAAGAUAUCAGUAGUAGUGUUAAUCCAAAUAAACCAAAAAGAAGAAAAACUAUGGAAGCGAAUGAAGAUGUUAAAUCUAUCAAUAUGGAAAAUGUUAAUAAUCUGCAAGAACUAAAAACAGAAGAAAUUAUGGAAAUAAAUGAUGACGUAAAGGAUUUCAGUAGCUUUAAUAACUUUAUAGAACUAGGAAGAAGAAGAUUUAUAGAGGCAAAUGAAAACAAUAAAUAUUUUAGAAAUAUUUGUAGUGAUAAUGAUGAAAGAAAACUAGAAAAAAAGGAAAUUAUGGAGUCAGAUGAAGAUAUUAAAUGUAUUAAAGAUAUCAGUAGUAGUAAAAAUGUAAUUGAGUCAGAAAAGAAAGCAAUGAUAGAAGAUUACAGUCCCUUAACUCAGCUAGUAAUGUGUAAGCGUAAAAGGAUAAUGCCUACAGAAAAUGCACCUACAAAAAGCACACCACAGAAUAUAACAAAAUUUUUAAAGCAGAAUAAGAAUGAAGAAAAUGCCACUCAUCCCAUCGAUACCUUUUUCUCACUAAUGGCACAAAGUGUUAAAACUUUUAACUCUGCAGACCAACAUUUUGUAAAGACUAAUAUCUUUUCAUUAAUAACCAAAUUAGAAGAGAGGUAUAUAUUGCAAAAUCAGCAGCUCCCUACUUACCAACAUUCUUCUUAGAAUGCACUUUAAGAUUGGCACUAAACCUACCACGACUGGUUAAAUGACUGUUUACAAACAUUUAUACACAGUUUUCAUAUACAAUAUAUGAAUUAUAUUCAAUUAUUUCAUGCAUUAUUCAAUUUAAUUCCACAUAAAAUAUUUUUGGAUUUAAUUGAAAAAAG